AUUUAUUACCAAUUUUCCUCUAGGUUUAAGGCUAUAUUUUCACUUCCGGUAAAUUUACUGCUAGGAAAGCGGUGUAAAACAUAUUUGUCUGGUUUUGCUCACAAGCUAAGGGAUGACAACUGCGGCACGUCCCACAUUUGAACCUGCCCGUGGUGGGAGAGGAAAGAAUGAAGGUGAUCUUAGUGCCCUGUCUAAACAGUACUCAAGUCGAGACUUACCCUCACACACAAAAAUCAAGUACAGACAGGACGGACAGGGCACCGUAGAUGAGCUGAGAGGACGUGAUUUCCGUCGUGACCUUGAAGAUCGUGAGAGGGCAGUACGUGACAAACGAGACAGAAACAGGGAGUCAGGAAGCAGCAGCAGCAGCAGCAGCAAGCGACCUCGUCUGGAACAGAUCCCUGCAGCUAAUCUGGAUGCAGAUGACCCGGUUGAUGAUGAAGAUGAAGAUGACUCCUCUGAUGAUGAGGAUGACACUGCAGAACUCAUGGCAGAACUUCAGAAAAUUAAGAAAGAACGUGCUAACGAACGAGUUCGCUUGGAUGCAGAGAAGAAGGUUGAAGAGGAGAGAAUCCGAACAGAGAAUAUCCUAAAGGGAAACCCCCUGAUGAACCAAAUUGAGACUAAAGUAGCUGCAGAUUUUAAAGUCAAGAGAAGAUGGGACGAUGAUGUGGUGUUUAAGAACUGUGCAAAGGCUGAAGAGGACAAGAAAAAGGGAAAUUUUAUCAAUGACACUUUACGGUCAGAAUUUCAUAAAAAAUUCAUGGAAAAGUAUGUUAAGUGAAUUUAUCAUCACCAGAAAUAUUAUAUUGUCAGUUUCCUGAGACAUAUAAAAAAUCAACAAUUCAUUUCGUCACUCAUCGUUCAGUUACAUGUGUUCCCUUGAAGAUCUGUGCAUUAACCCCCAAGGACUAUUCAUAAGUAAAAAACAGUUUCAUUAAAUCUACAGACUAUUCAUGCGUAUAGGACAGCUUCAUUGACCCAGCAGACGACUCAUUCAUAAAUGAGUUUCAUUUACUGCAAGGAGUCUUCAUGUAACAUCAAGAGAGAGAAAAAAAAAGAUUGUUAUCUGACAUUGUGGAUUUCAACCAAGUGUCUAGAGUGAAGAGGUGUCACUCUGUACAGAAACAAAAUUGUCUAUACUGAAGAGGUUCCACUGUAUACAGAAAUCAUUCUGUCCAUGAUAAAGAGGUUCCAUUGCAACAGAGACCAUAGGUCUGAUUAAAGCACUGUAUAAUGAAAUCAAAGUGUCUUGACUAACACAUCUCCACUGUAGAUAGAAAUCAAAGUGUCCACACUUUAGAGGGUUUAAUAUAUCUGUUGAAACAAAAAUAUCCGUAUAAAGGGAAUCCACUGUAAAAUGAAACUAGAACAUCCAGAUGAAAAUGGUUCCAUUGUUCCUCUAUAUUAUUUCCUGGACUAAAAUGGUAACAACUUUAUUUCAGCAAACUAAAAAUGGUUUUAACUUAUGCUUGUAAAAAGAUAUUUUAUCACAUAAUGUACUGUGUUAUCCAGUGAAUAUACCCAUGUCAUAUUUUUUGGCCUGUUAACCAAUGUAAUAUGACCUAUGAGCCCUGUGAUUGGUUGAAAGUUCCAUUUGUUUCAAUUGUGACGCCACUCCUAGGACAAGUUCAUGAUGUCACAUACUUCCGCUCUGGAGUCGAAAUGGCGGCUUUUUACAUUUCAUGGUUGCAUGAAAAUUGUCGUUUUACACGAAUAAACGCCACAAAUCUUGAUUUUGUGAUAAAAGUGAUCUUACACUUGUUUUCAUUUCAUGUGAAAUUUAUGAAACUUUUCACAAAUUUUUCAUUUUAGCUCGCCAUAGGAUUGCUUAAUUGAAAAAUUCUUAGACUCGUUUCAUAAAUCUCAUGAAAUGGAAACUCGUGUAAGAUCCUAUAUAUAUCUGCUGUACACAAUCCUGUCUGGACUGUACAACAGGUUACAAUAAACUUAAAAAAAACUCCUCUUGACAUUUAUACAUGUACAUAUAAAUGUAUGUUUUUGAUAUUUUAUCAAACUACUACAACAUACAAAAUUCAGACAAUUUAGAUGAUUUUUAAAAGACUUCAAAUAUCGAAAAGUAAACAAAACAACUCUGACUAUUUUGUUAUCAAUGUUUACAUGAAUAUUGCUUCAGAUCAAAUCAGAAGAAAAUUGAAAAUGGAGGGGAUUUUAAAGCUAAUCUUUUAUAAUUAUAUAAAUAUUGUUUCUUAUUUUGGACAACACCAUUAUAAAGGACAGUGUGCACACCUAUUAUGAUUUUAGAAUUUCAGUUUUUGAACAAAUUUUCAGAAGACCUAUCAAAGCCCUGAAGCAGAUGUAGAUAUUGUGAUAUAUUUGUUGUUUUGAAUCAAUAAAUAACAUUUUGAAUUGUGACAGUGCAUCUCCAAAGAAAAUAUUUUGUCGCACUUGCAAAUAUUUUAGAUGAUUUUCUAUGUAGAUUUUAAUGAGGCUGUAUGUUUGAUGUACAUGUACAAUAAAUGCUAAAUAUGAAAGAAAUCAACAUUU